UUUUUUUUUUAAAUCAAAAGAAAAAGGGCUGUCUUUCCGGGGCUACACCAUUUCUUCUUCUACGAAUGAUUAACUAUUUUCUCUGUGUAAACUCAUUUUUCUAUCUCAUUGCAUUGUCUGCCGGGCUUUUUAUGAGCAUUAUGGAUUUGGUGGCCAUUGAAGCGAACGGCAACCUUCGACCUGUCGUAUUUUUCAAGACACGUCAAGUAACCUACGUGGUCUUCAACAUGUGUAUUGUUGUCAUGUUCAUUUGUAUUGUAGCCUGCUUUAUUUUGACAGGAAAUAUGGUUUAUUUUAAUGCAAUUGCUAUGGCGCUAAUCUGCUAUGUGUACAACUGGCUGAUAUUUAUGCCUAACAAUGAUCGCCUAUGCUUUUUGGAGACAUAUGAGGAGGAGGAUUAUUCUCGCAAAGAGCAUAAUCAUUUGAUCAUUCGCUGGAGUUGUUUACAGGCAAUUAAAAUAUUUAUGGUAUCUGCGACAUAUCUCUUUGUUUCUAUGGCAAAAGUUCCUACUGAACAAUAGACUUACUCCUAACGUCUUUCAAAAUCUAUAUUUCACGAUCUGAUAAUGUUGUCG